AUGUCUGAAGAGAUCAAGGCUCAAUCGGCGGAGGGUUCCGUUCCUAAGCCACCAACUUCUGCUGUGUUUUCGAUGUUUGGAGGGAAAAAGGCUGAAAAGAAGGAAGAAGGAAAUGAAUCCACCGAAGAGAAGAAGGAUGACGCAAAAGCUAAGGAAACCAAGAAAAAUGAGGAGGAAGCUCCUGAGUCCCCUGAUGUGCAUUUCGAACCAGUUGUGACACUGGAGAAGGUGGAUGUCAAGACCAUGGAGGAAAAUGAAGACGUUCUUUUCAAAGUUAGGGCAAAACUGUUCAGAUUUGAUUCUGAGGCUAAAGAGUGGAAAGAAAGAGGGACUGGUGACGUUAAAUUCCUGCAGAACAAGGAAACUCAAAAGGUCAGACUCUUGAUGAGAAGAGACAAAACAUUGAAGGUCUGCGCUAAUCACUUCAUUUCCCCAGAGUACGUUCUGAAGCCAAAUGUCGGUUCAGACAGAUCGUGGGUCUACUCUUGUACUGCUGACGUUGCCGAGGGUGGUCCUGAGGCCUUCACUUUUGCGAUCAGAUUUGGUAACAAGGAAAACGCUGACAAGUUUAAAAGUGAGUUCGAGAAGGCUCAGACCAUCAACAAGAAAUAA